UGGUUGUAAUGGUUUUAUUUAGUCAACGUAUUAAGAUCAUUUGUCUCAAACAUCAAAUUCUCUGUAUCUUAAUCUGAUACUCGGCGACUCUGAUAGAGCAAAAUCAAAUUCAGCGUUUUAUCGGCGUAAUGUUGAGUUUGAUCUAAAGAGACAGUUCUCCACCUUCAGACGUUUUAUUGAAUUUCUGUGAUUGACAGGUUUACGAUCACUGGAUCAUUUAAACAGAAGUGAAACACGGGUCAACCAGUUUUAACUGGUUUCCUUCCAGGUCACUCAUGCAACAACUUCUAUGACCCGGAACCGAAUCUAGUUUAAUCCCGAACCUGACUGGUCAGUAGGCGGGGCUUCACAAGGCGUUAACCUGUAUUAUGGGAUGUUUCCUUGGUAACCACAAAUCUUGCUUCAUCGUACGUGACCAACCCAAAUCUAGACCUGAAGCUUGUUUACUGGGGUUUGUUUAUUGAUUUCUUUAUUGAUGUGUACUUGUUUACAGGUGAGUUGUGUACUUGUUUACAGGUGAGGUGUGUACUUGUUUACAGGUGAGGUGUGUACUUGUUUACAGGUGAGAUGUGUACUUGUUUACAGGUGUGUACUUGUUAACAGUGAGGUGUGUACUUGUUUACAGGUGAGAUGUGUACUUGUUUACAGGUGUGUACUUGUUUACAGGUGAGAUGUGUACUUGUUUACAGGUGUACUUGUUUACAGUGAGGUGUGUACUUGUUUACAGGUGAGGUGUGUACUUGUUUACAGGUGUGUACUUGUUUACAGUGAGGUGUGUACUUGUUUACAGUGAGGUGUGUACUUGUUUACAGGUGUGUACUUGUUUACAGGUGAGAUGUGUACUUGUUUACAGUGAGGUGUGUACUUUUUUACAGGUGUACUUGUUUACAGGUGAGGUGUGUACUUGUUUACAGGUGAGAUGUGUAGUUGUUUACAGGUGAGGUGUGUACUUGUUUACAGGUGAGAUGGGCUGUCUUGGAGGGCAGACGGAGGAAGAACGACUGGAUGAAAAAGCAAAGAGAGAAGCAAACAAGAAGAUUGAGAGACAACUUCAGAAAGAGAGACAGGCUUACAAAGCUACACAUAGACUAUUACUGCUGGGUGCAGGAGAAUCAGGUAAAAGCACGAUUGUGAAACAGAUGAGGAUUCUUCACGUCGACGGCUUCAACCCUGAAGAAAAGCAGGAGAAGGCUCAGGACAUCAGGAAGAACGUGAAGGACGCCGUCGUGGCCAUCGUGUCAGCCAUGACCUCGUUGACUCCACCCAUACCUAUUGGUAACCCUGACAACCAGUUCAGAGUGGAUUACAUCAACAGCAUCGCACCGCUGUCUGACUUUGAAUACACUGAGGAGUUCUUUGAGCAUGCUCAGCAGCUCUGGGUGGAUGACGGCAUCAAGGCGUGUUUUGAACGCUCCAACGAAUAUCAGCUGAUCGACUGCGCUCAGUAUUUCCUGGACAAGUUGGACUUAGUCAGGAGGCCGGACUAUACGCCCACUGACCAGGAUUUGUUGCGCUGCAGAGUUUUGACUUCAGGGAUAAUUGAAACCAGGUUCCAGGUCGACAAGGUCAACUUCCAUAUGUUUGAUGUAGGUGGACAGAGGGACGAACGCAGGAAGUGGAUUCAGUGCUUCAACGAUGUCACGGCCAUCAUCUUCGUCGCCGCCAGCAGCAGCUACAACAUGGUCAUCAGAGAGGACAACUCCACCAAUCGACUGCGAGAGUCUCUGGACCUCUUCAGGUCCAUCUGGACCAACAGGUUUCUGAAGACCAUAUCCGUGAUCUUGUUCCUGAACAAACAGGAUGUCCUUGCUGACAAAAUUCUGGCGGGAAAAUCUAAACUGGAGGAUUAUUUCCCUGAAUACACCAACUACACAGUUCCUGUUGACGCUGUUCCUGAUGCUGAUGAAGACGCUAGAGUGGCCCGAGCAAAGUUCUUCAUCAGAGAUGAGUUUCUGCGGAUCAGCUUGGCGAGCAGCGAUGGGAAGCAUCACUGUUAUCCUCACUUCACCUGUGCAGUGGACACCGAGAACAUCCGGCGCGUCUUCAACGACUGUCGUGACAUCAUUCAGCGCAUGCACCUGAGGCAGUACGAGCUGCUCUGAUUGGCUGCUGGGGGAUCACAUGUCUAGAGGCUGAUAUCUUAUCAAUAGUUGAUCAAUGCUUAUAGAUCCUAAUAUAUUUAUAACUUUCGUGAUCACAGACAUUUAAUACACAGCUGUUGACAUUUAUUGAUUAGGACAGACUGGAAGUAUCUGAACAUAUAUUUUGUUUCUGUGCUGAUGUCUGACACAGGGGAUUGUGGGUAGUGUAGUUCUGAUGUUGAAGAGCAAAGAUUGUUAUUUACCUGCCACAGCAAGAGCGAGAUGUCAUAAUUAGGGGGCGGGGUUAAAGACAAAUCUAAAUCUAUUUUUUCAUGUUUAUGUAAUUAACUUUCCUCUGAUUGGCUGUUUCCAUCGCUGAUGCAACUUGUAGAUUUGUACGUGAAAGAUGAGGUGUGUUUCAUUUAAACAUUAAAAUCUUCUCUUUGUAGAGUUCAGUUAGAUUUGCUUUAACUUCUAAAUCUUUAAUUAAAACAAUUUAACAUUAAAG